AUGCUCAAGCUAGAUUUCAACAUCCCGACCGAGUUCGGAUGGGAAGACGACGUCCGGGCCUAUCUAGACAAGCAUUGGAUGGGGAUUCCCGUUGCACCCACCACCGACACAUGUGUACUCGCAGGCGGUGCCGGAAUUCUUAGCCUCUGUCUCCUACUCGAGAGUCCCUCCACCGUCCCAAAUUCAACGUGGACAUCGGUUCAUCCGCCCGAGGAAGCCAUGAGCCAGGAGUAUCGUGACGCUGUCUCGCUCACGGCCCGCCCACCUUACCGCCGCCGAAAUGUGGCGAGAGCUCACGGAGCCACCACGCCGCCUACGCCGAUGAGGGAUCUCGCACUUCCCCAAGCACUUCGCAUCCGCCACAAGCCGCCGGGCGUGAACUAUACAUGCGAGGAAAGAAAGUCAAGGCAAGGUGUCCCUUCCCGACCUCUUCAUACUAUACCGCAUGAGCCAAAGGCGACGCCGCAACCCCGGGUACUUCUUCUCGAGAGCCCUCGGAGACUUCGGGAACAGAUCUGCGGGAGCGUCCUCGUUGCUCCCCUCAUUACCCCCUAG